AUGGCUAUACGAGCACCGCUGAGGCUUUUGAGGCCUUCCCGACCCACACAGCGGCUUGUCGCGCGCGGGCAUACCCUGAAACCGCCGUCAUCAGCUGUUCGCUUCGCUUCGACGCACGCUGGACACCAGCAGCCAUCGAAGGGCGGGAUCAGGGUCGCACAUGUGUUUGGAACUCUCGCUCUCAUCGGCAUCGGAGCGACGUCGUACGGUCUGUGGCAGUUCUACGGCAGUUUCACGGCCUAUCCCGACACGGCGAGUCACCCUAUCCGCUCGAAACUUCGCUCCGCCCUUCGUGCCCAGUCUACGGGCGAGCAUGAGAGCUCGUCGACUCUCUUCGAAGCCGCCUACUCGCUCGCUCUCGACCUCUUCCACACUGGCGAGCUCGGCAAGACGCAGGAGGAAGCCGUCAUGCGGCUGACGGGCAUCGCUGUUCGGUGGGGUGCGAUGUGGGAAGAGGCAGGCGAGUUGUCGAAGGCGAUUGCAGCGUACGACACGGGCUUUCAGCCUAUUGCGGCGCUCAUCGACGGCUUCAAGGUGGGCGAAGGAGCGCAGCCGAGCGUCGAGGAGGUCAAGCGCGGCGCCGGGAUCGCGAUGAAGCUGGGAGACUUGUGGAUCAGGCUUGGAGGGGCGGAAGGCACGAGCGAAGCCGAGCGGUACUACACAUGGGCGCUGCAGGAGCUCAUGCGCCUCAAUAUGACCGACAAGCAGAAGCAGCGGGUCAAAGACGAGAUGGCUUCUCAGGAUGCGCCGGUACCCGCAGCCGGUCCGCAGGCGUCGACGAAGAAGGGCGAGAUCAAGGACGACGAGACGCUGCAACUGCCGGAAUGGCUGAAUGACGUCGAGGUCGUAGCAGCAAUGGAGCGGCUCGGCGACCUGUACUCGCGAAUGGGAAAGAUCGAGUUCGCCCAGCCCUUGCUACAACAGGCCAUCGCCAUCCUCCUCCCGCCUCCACCGAAGGAAGGCCCAAGGCCUGCGCCGCCUCCGAUCGGCAACCGGUGUCACGCUGCUACCCUCAUGAACAACCUCUCUUCCGCACUCGUCGCCGCUCCGUCACCCUCGCAACAAGCGAUCGAGGCGUCCGCGCGAUGGGCGCGCCAGUCGCUGAACAUUGCCAACGGCUGCCGCAAGGAGGCUGACGCGCAGCGAGGCGGCAAAGACGUCCCUCUUGUCGAGCGGGAGGAGCGCGAGUGCGAGUUGACGGCAAUCGUGUCGAGCUACAACCUCGGCAAGCUGAGCGAGAUGUCAAAGGACCCCAUUUCGGCGGAGCAGUGGUUCGUCAGAUCGGGCAAGCACGCUGCGAGCCUGGGAUUGCGAGACGCGGCACGACAAGCGAACGAGGCAAUUCGACGGCUCAAGCACCCAUCUGGCCCUCCCGCGUAG